UAAAUGAAUUUGCAUCUUCUUCUAGAAAAAGAAAAGAAAAAGAAUUCGCAUCUCGGCGCGAGAAUACAAAGUGUGCCCUCGAGGAAUAGGUUCUAGGUAGACAGAUCUAGGACCACGCUAAAGCCCAGAGCCCGACACCAGCUGCCAUGGCAGGAGGAACUGGAGGAGCUGGGGGAGGAACAGGGGGAGGGGACUCGUUGGCUCGCAGGGCCUGGAGGCAGUACCUGCUCCAGCUGCAGCGCCACCCACUCCGCACCAAGAUGAUCACUGCGGGGUGCCUCGCAGGCGUCAGCGACUCCGUGGCGCAGAAGCUCUCUGGAUAUCAGAAGAUUGAGAAGCGCCGCCUCCUGCUCAAGAUGAUAUUUGGGUUUGCAUAUGGUGGCCCAUUUGGGCAUUUCCUGCAUAAAGUGUUGGAUUAUAUCUUUAAAGGGAAGAAGGAUACCAAAACUGUAGCUAAGAAGGUGUUGCUGGAGCAGAUCACUUCCUCUCCCUGGAACAAUUUACUCUUCUUAUUCUAUUAUGGAUAUGUUGUUGAGAAGAGGCCUUUCAAGGAGGUGAAGACUAGGGUGAAGAAACAAUAUCUGUCAGUGCAAUUGUCUGCUUGGAUGUUUUGGCCAGUAGUUGGUUGGAUAAACCAUCAAUACGUGCCUUUGCAGUUUCGGGUGAUUGUCCACAGCUUUGUUGCAUGUUGCUGGGGGAUAUUUCUCAACCUUCGCGCCAGAGCCAUGUCUUUGAAGCAGUCAUAGACAGAUUUAGUGGGGGUAUAACACUGCUCCAUAAUGGUUCAAACUGGCCGGAGAACAAGGAUGCUGAUUGCUAUGUAAUAUACCGUUGAUUGUCCUAGGGUAUUUAAAUAGAAGGAUUUCGAUACUUGUUUGGUAUCAAGUUGCAGAUUUGUUUGUCAACGCAUGCGAGGCCGCUUAUCUGAUUUCUCUGUUGGUACUAUUUAAGCUUUGUGACUGAAACGUAAUUGAAUUAUAUUAACUAUGGAUAUAUUCGGUCUA